AAUUCAACCUCUUUUGUUUCCCGUCUUUUCUUAUUCUUGCGCUCAUCCAACUUUCCACCUCCCCGCUCUUCGUUCCGCUCCGCUUGCUCACUUCGCCUAAACUAUUUCCUGUAUAGUGCAAUCCCGCCCCACUCAGUGUCUCUAGGCCAAUGAGCUGCAAUAUGAAUCCCUCUGUUCUCGUCACUCUCUGGUUCAUACAGCUCCCCCUCGGAGCCUACACUACCUAUAUCGACAUCAGCUAUUUCCUAGCCCUUUCGUUACGCCAACAUGUAAUGCCACUGCCUUUUGGUUCCCGCAUAGUCCCUGUCACGUCUCUCAUUGGCUUUAUUCUCCUCCUCUGCGAACCGUAUUUCCACUUCAUAUCCGUCAACCGCCUGAGGCCUUCUUACUAUUCCCUAUCCAAUCUCUUCCGAGUCAUUCAUGUGACUUUUCGUUUAUCAGUUAUUUUUGGCACUUUACGAAGCGAUCGAAGGUACCGUUAUGCAUACUUUGCAUGGGCACGACUGAUAAUUUUGCUAUUUUCAUACUGCACAGCAUUAGCGUACGGCUCAUGGACCUGGUAUCUGCUGUGGCGAAAUCGUCGUGAUAGCAAUGACAACGUUAACGAGGAUGAUGAUGAGAGUUAUAUUGAACCCGGAAUGAAUCUUGUACCGCGCAAGAUUCUCAGUCCAUCUAAUCUCACCUCCCGGAACAAUUUUAUUAUUAAAACAAUGCUUUGGAUUCAUGCGCCGCUUCACGUGAUAUCAAAUGAUCCUAGCUCCAACUUCGAGGAAAGAAGGGUCUGGGGGAAGUUGGCGGUGAUAGUCGUUUGGGGAUCGAAAGUUCUUGGAGUUGGUUAUAUGCUUUUAAAAAGUUUCAUUGGGACGCCCGCCCUUCUAUCCCUAAUCCCUUUACACCCACGAUUUCCUGGUGAACUCUCAAUUCAAAUCACACAAAACGCCCGCAGUAAGUGGAUCUACAACAGACCAAAACUAGGACGCCAUGACCAAGUAAAAGCACCUUUGCAAGGCCGACAGCCUUUUCUUGCUUCAUUACGAGAACGCCCACUACCUACAGAUAUCACCCACUUUGACGAAGAAGCUAAUCACUCUACCGAUAUCAUGAGUCUUCACAGCAUCGCUGAUUACAGCGAAGUUCCCACCCAUCAUCCAUCUACAUCGCUCAACACAAGCGACGUUCCGGACCGACAACUCGGCCCCUCUUACCUCUGUUUCUUGGACCCUUCCUCAUCUACCGGCUACACCACUCGUCACGUAUCUACUUGGGCUCAAUCACAUGGAAACAGUUACCCUAAUUACAUAUUCAUAUCUUAUACCCGCCUUCAAUUCUAUACCAUCAUUUCCGGAGAUCCCAGUUUGCCAUCUUCUAUUAAUGCUCAACGACAGGCUGCCGCGGAGCAGGACAUGGGAAUGCUUAUCCAGUUCGCGAUACGUGCUACGAAGACCGCAGGUAUUGAUGCUUUUUGGAUAGAUUAUGAGUGUAUACGUCCCGAAGAAGAUGAAGAUCCGGACAGAAGUAUAGGAGAAGUAUAUCGAAUAUGUGAUAUCGUACGGGCAUGUCACUCAAUGGCUAUAGUUGUUGGACCACGAUUUAACUUUACCAAUUACACUCAUGAUGCCAUGGAGGGGGAUUCAGAUGAUCUUUCAAAUACAAAAACACAGUGGCUACGAGACUGGGGAAGUCGUCUCUGGACUGUUCCCGAAGCUCUCCUGUGUCCAGGCGAACACCGCAUUUCGAUUUACAUACCUGGUACCGCUGAGCCCGAGUUAGUCGCAAAACGGAAUCUUCCAGGUCGUGUUUGGGAUGAUGCUAUUGCCUUACGCCAGUUGAUUGAUCACUAUGAAUCUUCAAUUCAUCUCACGAAGUUGGAGUUGAUUUCCAUUGCCCUUGAAUGUCUCAAGCGGCGCCAAACGGAGAAACGCAUGGCCGGCGACGUAGCAUAUGCUCUGCAGGGAUUACUUCGUCAACGUCCUCGAGUUCUUCAAUCCGAUAGUGAUUUCCAGGCUUUUGCAAGACUUUCUCUUGCCAACGAUAGUGAUAUGCUUCUUGAACGACUUCUCUGCCUCAAAUUGAAGGAUAAUCGGGCACCAUGGCAUGAGAUGCAAGAUGUUUGGGGAGCAAAAUUAUGGGAUAUCACGCCGAUUUGUCAGAUUUCUGAAGUGGUGGAGAACAAUACUGUGAUAUUAGGGGAUGCGAAAGGUGCGAUGGUAAAUUGGGAGUUUCUUGAAGCAAUUGAUUAUGAGGCUACACGUCCACAAAGAUUUGGUUGGGGACUGCUGAGAAUAUGUUCGUAUUUCAGUAUGGUGUUUAUGGUUUCUGUGGUGGUGAUGUCUCCUCUCUGGUCUCAAAGAUCUGGCAGAAGGUUCGAUAUAUUUUUCUCGAACUUCUGGAAGGUAGCUUUGGGUGUGUUCGUGGCGAAUGCCAUUAUAGUACCGUGGGUAGUCCGAUACCUUUACAAGAGUCCCGAAGUCCAUCAAGCGCAGGCUAGACUGUAUGGCGUAGCUGGGCAUCCAAAUUUGGGGAGGGUGGAAGAGCUGAUGUUUGGAUCUGAUCAAGGUCGCUUACAGUGGAUGGAAGGAGGGGAUAAUGUGGCUGAUCAUCCCGACGGUGACGAAUAUAGCUAUGAAAGCGGACUGAGAUCGUUCACACUUAUAGAUACAUGCACACUAUCAGCGUUUCAAUUCGAAGCCGAGCUUCCGCCAUCAGUAGUAUUGGCAGGUGCGCGCGCUCGUGGACUAGUACGGAUGCUUUUGUGUUCUUACGAUGCAAACACGGCGACAUUGUAUAAAGAGGCGGUUGUGCGGAUGGAAACUGUCGUACUUGACCGGAUGCCAAAAUUGAAUCGGGUGCGGUUUGCUUUGAAGCCGACGAGGGAUGAUGUGAUAGCAGAUAGUAGAUAAUGUAGACGCAAAAUGCCGGCUUCGAAUUCUUCACUUUGUCUUGCCUAGAUUUGUCUGGAAAUAAAGAUCUGUGUAGCACUAGUUGAAUAUAAAUGAUACUCUUGCUUUCGCGAAAUA